AUGGCUGCCUUCUGCAUUCCUCAGCCCACCGCCACCACCCCCGCCGCCACCACCUUCACCACGCGGUUCGUGAACCACACCGACAGGGCCAUAGAUCUGCAGAUAAGGGUGGGAUCAACGCUGAAGAGGUCUUACACGGUGCAGCCAGGCUGCUCGAAGAAGCUGGGGAGUAAGCACAUAUACAACACCUAUAACAUGCCUAAUGGAGCAGCCAUGGUCAUGACCUUCCACCGCAACGAGAUCUUCCAGCCAUAUAUUUGGAUCCAUGACAGCAGCGACUACACCAAGAUGGUGAAGCAGCAGUAUGUGAGCCUUGAGGACAUGAGAAGCCACUCGGAGAUCAGGAUCUGCAGAAACCACAGGAAAGGAACCAUCCAAGUUCACAAGAAAGCCAGAGUUGAUUUCUUCUGA